AUGUAUCCCUUUCUUCCCUGGAGUCAGAACCAGUCUAGUGUUCGCUCCUCUCUGAGCGAAGCCACCACUAGCACCCAGAAUGUCUCCUUCAGUUUCAGCUUCGGCAGCUCUUGCUCACCUACUUCGAUGCCGCCUCCCCCACCACCUUCUCCCACUGAUUCCUUGCUCGACAUCACUCCUCGCAAGUGCUCCUUUUCGAGCGGCUAUGAGAUGAACAACUCGUGCGCGUUCCCAUCUUGGCCCAACCGCCCUUCUCUGCUGAGUGCAGACUCAGAGGGCUCCAGUGCCAGCGCCUACCUCUCCGACGAAGAUCUCCUCCCCAUCGGCUCUGGAUCCCCCUGCGAGAGCGCGAUCGACGAAGAAUCCGCCGCGCAGGACCCGACCAUGGGAGACGUUGACCUGACCACCGAGCAGCAGAUUCAGAUGAUUCGCGCCGCAGCAGAAGAAGAAGCGCAGCGCGCGCGUUUCCUUGCUCAGGUGCAGGCCCAUGCUAGAGCACAGCAGGUCAUGCGGGUGGCACAGAUGGCAGCGGCAGAGCGCGAGAACGCAAAGCGCAAGAAGCGCAAGGCCAUCCCCGAGAGGAAGCGGCGGACCGCAUCAGCUUCGAAAGCCACCGUCUGCCGCGCUUAA